AUGAUCGCGACCGGCGUGUGCGGCGUGGCGCUGGUCCUGGUUCUGGUGGUGCUCAUCCCGGCCAUGGUCAACUCCGCCGGAACCCCCGCCCGCUACGAGAUGCUCGGUGCCUGCCAAAUGGUGUGCGACCCCCACGGGACCGCCGCCGCCACGGCGCCGGCGAAGGCGGCCGGUGAGCCGGUCAAAGACAACCGGCUGGUGCAGUCGCUGCCCACCUUCAUCCAGGGUCCGCAAGGGGAGCCCGGACGCUCGGGGAGGACGGGUCCCAGGGGCCCCGCGGGCGAGCCCGGCCCGCCCGGACCCGUCGGCCCGCCCGGGGAGCGGGGGGCGCCCGGUCCUCCGGGUCCGCCGGGGGCCAGCGGACCCACGGGAGCCAUCAGCGCGGCCACCUACAACACGGUGCCAAAGAUCGCCUUCUAUGCAGGACUCAAGAAGCAGCACGAGGGAUACGAGGUGCUCAAGUUCGACGACGUGGUCACCAACCUGGGCAACCACUACGACCCCGCCACCGGGAAGUUCACCUGCUCCAUACCGGGGAUCUACUACUUCACGUACCACGUGCUGAUGCGAGGCGGCGACGGCACCAGCAUGUGGGCCGACCUGUGCAAGAACAACCAGGUUCGAGCCAGCGCCAUCGCGCAGGACGCCGACCAGAAUUACGACUACGCAAGCAACAGCGUGGUGUUGCACCUGGAGCCCGGCGACGAGAUCUACAUCAAGCUGGACGGCGGCAAGGCGCACGGCGGCAACAACAACAAGUACAGCACCUUCUCGGGCUUCAUGCUGUACGCCGACUGA